CUACACAAGUGUUGCGAGCCGCAGCUCUUCAUUUUUGAAAGGUUGCACGAGAAAGGAAUCAAUCUCGUGACAGGUUCUGGACUCAACAUUCAGAAUGAUAUCGCCGGCGGGCGACAGCUUCUUGAGACGUUGCGGCGACGAUGUGUAACUUGGAAGAGCCAGUUCCUCUUUGUAGCAUGA